ACCGGCGGUACCUUCACCUUCCUUUCUACCGUAUCCUUUGUACAUGAUGGUUCACUUUUUGGAUCUCCUCAAUGCUCAGGUCGCGGAUUCAUUUGUUGGACGAUGGUUCAAGCUAGAGGGAUCAGGACAUCCCAGAGAACGUAUUGGUUCACGGUUCACAACUGAGAUCCGAGCAGGUCUAACAACAUGGGCUGCUAUGGCUUACAUCAUAUCCGUAAACGCUUCCAUCCUCUCAGAUUCUGGGGGAACCUGCGAGUGUACCACCUCCGACUCCUGCGCGAACGACGCGGCCUAUGCCACCUGUGUUAAUGAGGUUCGGAAUGAUUUGAUUACCUCGACGGCCGCCAUUUCGGCGUUGUCCUCCUUCCUCAUGGGUCUUCUGGCAAACCUUCCCGUCGGAAUGGCCCCUGGACUCGGUUUGAACGCAUACUUUACAUAUUCGGUUGUGGGAUACCAUGGUUCUGGAAUAAUAACGUAUAGGGAGGCCCUGGCCGCGGUAUUUCUGGAAGGAUGGGUUUUCUUCAUUCUUUCCCUUCUGGGUUUGCGGCAAUGGUUGGUGCGAAUCAUGCCUCAGUCAUUGGUUCUCGCCGUUGGCGCUGGUAUAGGUUUAUACAUUGCCUUCAUUGGACUGAGUUCUUCCGGACUGUUCGUCAUCGGGGGUGACACCACUGACUACGUGGGUCUGGGCGGGUGUAAGUCGGAAAAUUUCGUUGAAGGCAUGGACAAUUACUGUGAGAGUGGCGUAUUGCAGAGCCCCACCAUGUGGUUGGGUAUCUUCCUCGGGGGAAUUUUCACUGUCCUACUCAUGAUGUACCGUAUUCGUGGAGCGAUCCUCAUUGGAAUCUUCUUGGUUUCAAUCAUUUCUUGGCCAAGACCUACCUCUGUCACUUAUUUCCCCUACACGGAUUCCGGAGACCAGCUUUUUGAAUUCUUCAAAAAAGUGGUCACAUUCCACAAGUUGGAGAAGAUCGGCAAUGCGAUUGAUUAUAACUAUGGGAAUGGCCAGGUGUGGUAUGCGCUCAUCACCUUUCUCUAUGUUGAUAUUUUGGACACGACCGGUACCCUUUACUCUAUGGCCAAAUUUGCCGGUCUGCGAGACCCCGUCACCCUUGACUUUGAGGGGUCUACUAUCGCCUACUGCGUAGAUGCAUUCUGCAUCAGCAUGGGGGCUCUCAUGGGCACGAGUCCGGUUACAGCGUACAUUGAGAGCGCAACCGGUAUCAGUGACGGUGGGAAGACAGGCCUGACUGCCAUCACGGUGGGUCUAGGAUUCUUCGUAUCCGUGUUCUUUGCCCCGAUCUUCGCGUCUAUUCCUGGUUGGGCGACGGGUGGGGCGCUGGUGAUUGUUGGGUCGUUGAUGAUUCGAAAUGUCCGCGAAAUCAACUGGGACUACAUCGGUGAUGCUGUCCCUGCAUUCCUUACGCUUUUGGUUAUACCCUUGUCGUACAAUAUCGCGUACGGAGUCAUCGCAGGCGUGUGUUCGUACCUGCUCCUUAACGGGAUCCCGUGGAUCAUUGGCAAGAUCAGUGGUGGACGCAUUCUCCCACCGACUAUCGAUGCAGCGGAGGAGUGGGUCGUCCCACCUGGUGGAAUUAUCCCGCCUUGGAUACGCAAACUAAUUGGCAAACCUUUGGUGAUAGACGAGCUCGCAAUGGAGGAGAGGCAUACCCGAUCAUCGGUGGAUACCGCGUCCCAAGACCAUGUUGUCGCGUCGACAAAAGUCAGCGUGGAAAAGUGAAAAUUGUGUAUAGGAUCUGUGGCGUUUAUAUUUUUCAGUUAUUCUUUCUUUUGUUGUCUUUAUUAUCUGUGUAGUAAACUGCUAUACCAUCUAACCAUCAACUGUACUACUUCUCACUUAAAUCGUGUCUGGAUGAUAAGAAAACGUCGUCCAGCUAGCACGUACUGCAUUUCCAGUAUUCGCCCAAACGUCUCCUCGGGCUGAGCAGCGAACAGUGAAGGAAUAUUUAUUGGCUGUAAACAAUGGUUAGACCUCGGAAUAAAUGUACCCGUUACAAC